AUGUCCAACACGAAGCUCCCAAGCAUGCGUUCCAUCUUCAGCGACGUGAUCCUACCAAUGCGAGACCCUUACAUGACCCAGAUUAUUAAAGGCGUGAAGAACUACGAGUUUCGAAAAUAUCGCCUGAAAGCCAGCGUGAAACGAAUUUGGCUUUACCGGACCGCUCCCCAUUCCAGCAUCACACGUGUUUGCGAAAUACUCCCAGCCCGGACACGAAAUCCCGGAGAUCUUCCACUAGAAAAAGAUGGACUCGGCGAUUCGGAGUUUAAGAAAGACAUAAAGACUGGGAUGGCUACGACUAUGCCUAUCAAAUUGUGA